CUCUUUAUUCCAACAAUCACUGAGAUAUUAAGAUCAUGUUCCAUGAAGAUAUUUUGUUCAUUUUCCAUCAUGUAAAUAUAUCCAAACUUUUAAUCAGUGACAGGUUACGCAUCGCUUUAAAGGAGACUUCUUGAGACUCUUCGUGAAACUGAACGCAGAAGAACGCUGCACCUGCUGCUGCUCGCAGGUGAUGAUGCAACUUCGACGUGCAACUCUUACUCGAACUGGCCCGCGUUCAGAACGCUCUCAGCGCGCGCGACUGCGUUUGGAACGGAGGGAGGCGGGUCUUCACGGACGGAUCACCGAUCAGCUGAGACUCGUCACGUUCUCGCUCGUUUCACAUUUAGCGUUAUUAUCCCCGUCUGUGCGCGCCGGAGCGAUGUUUCUCUGUCGGAGGAACGUUUCUGGAGCGGCUUUAUUACUGCGGCGUCUGAGAGUAACGUUACCCGACGCGUCCGGCGACUGCUCUCGCGUGCACCGGAGAUUAACGGCGAGCAAAGCCGUUCCGUUCCGUUCCCGUUCACGAGAUUCCCCGUUCGGAUCGCCGCCGGACCUCGUUGCUCACGCGCGAAUGGCGGCGUUCUCCCUGAACGCUGCCGCGCCGCUUCGAGGAUACAGCGCUCCUAAAGUCGAAGCGUUCCCGCACGCUCGUUCUCCGGCUCCUGUCGCGAUCCAGUCGAGGAGGUCGUCCACGACGCCGGGGGAAACGCGAGACGAACGCGCCGCGGACGUUCAGACGCAGGAUCAGGUGUCGUCCGCGUCCGGCGCUGAAGGUCAGAGGUCAGAAGAGAAGCCCAGUAAGACGCAGCAGCUCAAGAAGGUGUUCAAGGAGUACGGGGCCGUCGGCGUCUCCUUCCACAUCGGCAUCUCGCUCAUUUCUCUGGGAACGUUCUACCUCGCCGUAUCCAGCUGUCAGAUGACAUUGCGGCGGCAUCACCGGCUCAGGGGUCAGUGGGUCACUCAGUCCGCUCUUCAGUCUCGGUGUGAAGAUGAAGAUGUUCAGAACCGUGUACCAGCAGGCGAUGAAGCAUCCCGGGCUCAUCCCUCAGUUCUUCUUCAUGUCUGUGGGAGUGAGUGGAGCUUUUCUCUAUCUGAUCCGACUGGCUCGUGGACCUCACGUCAGCUGGGACAGGAAGAAUAACCCUGAACCGUGGAACAAUCUGGGGCCGACCUAUCAGUACAAGUUGGUGGCCGUCACCACAGACUACGAGAGUCUGAAGAAGGAAGGACCUGACUUUUAAAAGACCUCGGCGGAACUGCAGGCACACACACACACACACACACACACACACACUCUCUUUACUAAACGCUUUAUCCCUGGAUGCUCCCGCUGCCACUGCAAACAAAUGAUAUCAGUUAUGUUAAUAGCUAGGAACAAACACACACACACACACACAAAUAAAAGUUUAGCAUCUUAAAAUAUUUUUUACAAUCACACACACACACACACAUUUUCACAAGCUAUUUAAAACACUGAAGUAGACACUUAACUGUCUUAAGUUAAAAAGAAAUCAAAAACUAAUCAAACUAUUUUUAACUAUUUUCAAAAAUUGUCUUUUCAUUGUGAAUUCAGACAAACUCCUGCUGGUUUAUUUUAAUUAGUAAAAAUAACUAACACGUUAUAAUACAAUAAAACCAUAACAUAAUAAAAAAUUUGAUUUAAAAAAAAAAAAAAAAGGUUUUGCAAAUUAACUCUCUCUCUCUCUCUCUCUUUCUGUCUCUCUCUCUCUAUAUAUAUAUUUUAUAUGUUAAAGAUGUAUGAUUAUGCUAUUAUUGCUCACUCAGAAAAACACAUAUAUAUCAUUUUAAACUUAGUUGAAGACUAUAAAAAUACAUGGCACACAAAAAAAAUUUCAAUAAAUCGUUGCAAGGCAUUCUGGGAUUUUCCUCUUUUGGAAUAAAUGUUUUCUGAUGUCCUUCUGCCCCGCUUCAUUAAAAAGGCCUGUGAAUAAGAAA